AUGUUCGACCCACAUGCCGAGCAGCCGCUGCUGCGGCCCUUCGUGACGGCCGAGGACGCGCUCGCAGUCGCGCGCACCUCGUACUCUCUCGACGGCAGUGUCAAGGAACUUGGCAGUAACCAGGACCGUAACUUUCUUCUCACGACCUCUGGGCCUCAAUACCUCCUCAAGUUCGAUAACGACGCGUUCUCGACCUCUGAGCUUGAGGCACAGAACGAUGCACUCCUCCAUCUCUCGGCUGCAGGAAUCAGCGGACCGACACCGAUUCGCGACAAUACCGGCGCAUGGAUCAGCUCAGCCACCGUCAACGGGCGUAUUGUACGCGUUCGUCUUCUCUCCUUUGUCCAAGGCGAGUCGCUCGUUUCAGACGGCCACUUCUUCCCCUCCAUUAUCUCCCGGCUCGGUGGCCUCGCGGGACGCGUCGCUGCUUCUCUUUCCCUCGCACCGGUGCCGCUUCUCGAGCGCGACCUCCAAUGGGACAUGCGGAACGCCAUGACCGUAAUUGAGGCGUACGCGCCGAGUAUUGCGGAUGAACCCCGCCGUACUGCUGUGCUCGCCAAGGCGCGCGAGGCUUGGCCCCUCGUCACGGCUCACAACCUCCCAGUCCAGAUGAUCCACGGCGACAUUACCGACGACAAUGUGGUAGGGCUGCGCGACACCCUCGGUCGCGUCCGCCCAGAAACAGUCAUUGACUGGGGAGACCUCAGCGCCGGAUGGCGCGUCGCCGAACUGGCAGUUACCUUGUCGUGCAUCAUGCAUCACAACCGUGGUCACCCGCUCGACGCCAUGCCUGCCGUCGCCGCGUUUGACAAAGAGGUCAAGCUCACUGACGCAGAGUUAGCGGCCCUGUGGCCCCUGGUGGUUCUCCGCGGAGCUGUCGUCGUUGCGAGUGGCGCGCACCAACUCGCACUCGAACCAGACAACACCUACGUUGCGGAGCGAGUGGCUCACGAGUGGCACAUCUUCGACACAUCCGCACAGCUUGACUUUAAGAUUGCCCAUGCAGCUGUGCGGGCGGUAACGAGGCGCCCAGACGAACCUGCUCCCAAGCCAAAAUCUCAACUCCUGGAUACCGACGUAGAGAUCGAGUAUGUCCGACUCGACAGCACAUCUCCGCACCUCCACCGCGGGGUAUUCCUCGCUCAGGAUGCCGAGGAGCGCGUGAUCGCAGAGGUAGUGCGGUCUGGCAAGGUGCCCGCCUUUGCGUACAGCGAACCGCGCCUUACGCGCACAACCACACCAGGAUUCGACGCACCUGAAACCACGCCAUUGUUCUUCGCUGCACGUGUCCCGCCUGGAACACAGCUACGUGCGCCGUUCUCCGGACAACUGAAAGCUGGGCAGGGAGAGGUGAGCCUGCUUGGCGCGUUUGGGCGGAUCAUCUUCGGCGGCGUCACGGGCACCAGUGGAGCCAUUGCGGCAGGCAAGACAAUCGGCCGUGCAGACGGCGAUGUGACGGUCCAAUGGCUGCGGCCUGGAACUGCUUCAGCUCCCGCGUUCGUCGACGCCGCAGCGCUCCCUGCGUGGCAGCGUCUGACUUUCGACCCUGCGCCUCUGCUCGGCAUGAGUCCAGCCAACUGGUUGUCCGACGUUGAGGAGGAGCGCAUGCGGCGUGAUGACGUGACUCCAAGCGCGGCGGAGAGGUACUACGAGCUCCCGCCUGGGAUUGAGCGUGGAUGGCGCGAGGUGCUUUACGACACGGCAGGGCGUGGGUACCUCGACAUGGUUAACAACGUCGCGGGCGUAGGCCACGGGCAUCCGCGAAUGGCCGACGCCGUGGCACAGCAGCUCCUCACCCUCAACACUAACAACCGAUUCCUCUACUCCUCCUUGGCCGAGUACGUUGAGCGCCUGCGUGACCUCGCCCCCGAUCCGAGCCUGAGCGCCGUCCUCCUCGUUAACAGCGGGAGUGAGGCGGUCGAGCUCGCCCUAAAGCUUGCGUUAGCUCACACAGGACGCAGAGAUGUGGUCGUCCUCCGUGAGGGAUACCACGGCUGGACAGCGGCGUCCGACGCUGUGAGCACAAGCGCAUUUGACAAUCCGACUGCGCUUGGAAACCGCCCAGCACACGUACACGUUGCCGAGGCCGUCAACUUAUACCGCAACCCCAAGUCGGCUGAGGAGUAUGCAGCUGGCGUCAAGGAACUGCUUACCACCCUCGACUCGGCCGGUACCCCCGCCGGCGCGUUCAUCUCCGAGCCCGUGUUCGGUAACGGCGGUGGAGUGGUGUACCCCGCCGGCUAUCUCAAACAGGUGUACGCAGCCGUGCGCGCAAGUGGAGGCCUUUGCAUUGCCGACGAGGUGCAGGUCGGUCUCGGUCGGCUGGGACACCACGCGUGGGGCGUGCAUGAGCAAGGCGUUGUCCCCGACAUUGUCGCCGUCGCCAAGGCCCUCGGCAACGCUUACCCUCUGGGAGCGGUGUACACGACGCCGGCGAUUGCGGCGAGUCUCGCACGUGAAGGCAUGUUCUUCUCCUCUGCUGGCGGAGCGACGGCCAGCGGUGUCGCGGGAUUGGCAGUGCUGGACAUUAUGCGCGACGAGGGGUUACAGGCCAACGCUGCGGCGGUUGGUGACUUUUUGGCGGAGCGGUUUGAGGAGCUUAUGCGACGCCACCCUGUGAUUGGGUGUGUGCAUGGCAUGGGAUUAUACCAGGGGGUCGAGCUCGUGCGAGACCGCGAGAGCAAGGAGCCCGCGGCGAGUGAGACGGCAUGGGUGUGCGAGCGCAUGCUCGACUACGGCGUCAUCAUCCAGCCGACGAGUGAGCGGCAGAACGUCCUCAAGAUCAAGCCGCCGCUCACGUUGACACGGGAGCACGCAGACGUGUUCGUGUCUGCACUCGAUGCAGUGCUGGGCGAGCUAGAGCAGCGGAUGCGAGGAAGAGAAGAGUAG